GCGCCGGAAGACGGAUGGUUGACCAGACGACCGGAGAUGUGACGGUUGGAGGAGUUCAUGGCAAGGUCUUGAGGUGAGAACAGCCAAUAUAGUUUACAGAAUACGGCGAGUGUACGCAAGGACACGUGCCAUCACAUACUGAGGUCACUUGGCUUGUAGCCAUGUUGUAGGUGUGCGUAUGGGUGUGGGUGUGACUGUUGGUCGGUGUGAACGUUCGAGGUGCGGGACAGCGGUCGGUGGUCGGUGGUCGCCGGUCAUCGGUCAGCGGUCGCUUGUCGGCGGUCGGCGGUCGGUGGUCGGCGGUCAGUGGGCGGCGGGCGGCAGACGGCGGGGACUGAUCCAGGCCCGAGCCGGAGGUGGCACUUGUCUUGCGGCAGACACUGGUGUGGUGUGUGCGCGAGAGCUUGUGUGUAUUGUGUUGUGUGGGGGAGGAGAUUGAUCGAGCACGAUAUAUAUAUAUAUACCUAGUGAGAGCGCUCAAUAUCAAGCAUGUCUGAGGGGUUUCUGUCACGACUUGCGCAUACGCAUGCCUUGCCAGCUGAGGAUGCGGUGCAUGUGCUGCAACAGGAGCUGCAUGACGUGGCCCAUGCGUCGGAGGGAGGAGCCGGUGCCGCCAUGCAUGCGGCGUAUGUGGCGGCUAUGGUAGCAACAGCAAGGGCUGUGGCUACUGGGGGUAUGACCGAGGUGGUGAGCGGGCUCUCGGUUCUCUACACCGACGUGGUCGACCCGUACGCCGCCCGGCUGGCCGCCAUGGAGUCCGAGGCUGCCGACGAGCUCCGACUCGCCUUUGCCCACGCCAUGCUCGAUGUGGUGAGCACGAGCUUGCGGCCGCUGGCAGACGCCAAACCUGGGCUAGCGCCGGAUCUGCUGCGGCGGAGCAAGGCGAUGCUGGAGCGUGCGCUCAUGGUCACCAUCUCGCUGGUCGACGAGCGGCCGGCCAUGCGCGGCAGCGCGUCGCUACUGCUGCACGCCAUUGGCGGCCUUGUGCACGCGCUUCUGGAGCAUGCGCCCGAGGCGGCGCGACUGUCGAUUCGGUAUGCCACGGGCCACAGGCCGGCAAUGGGCUACGCGACGUCGGCGCUCGCGCUUGACGACACGCACGCAGCGCGUGCGGCGGUGACACGGGCGUUGGCUACCUACGCACGGGCGGCGCUCAUUGGCUCGACCGACGCGCUCAUCUCGAUUGUGGCGAGCGACCUCGCUCCGACGCUGCGCAAUACUCCGGCAGCGCAGCAGGACGCGGCGAACCACUGGUUUCACCGCGCCCGAGUGCUCUACGGGGUCGGCCUCCACGAGCAUGCCAAGACCGUGGCACACCACGUGGCGCAGUUUCUUGCCCGCCCCGGCCUGGCGGUUCCGGGCGGGUACGAGAUGCGAGGCAAGGCCAAGGCGCUUUUCCAUGCCGCCGUCGGCGUAGGCUCAGGCGGAUCUGGGCAUGGUGCAUGCAGCGGGUCUGGCGAGCUUAUUGAGGACGCCUCUGACUACCCGCAUCUCUUUUUGCGGCUCCGCUAUGCGGUGGGAUGGGUGCGACACCUCAUCUCUGGCCUCCUGCUCCUGCUUCCGCCAUUGGAGGGCGUGCCGAUGAUGCUGGCAGACGAUGCCGGGGUCGUCUACCCGCUGCCCGAAGAGCCGCCGCGCGGUCCGACUGACGCCUGUCCGAUCCCGUCAGCGCUGUACAGCGCGUUUGUCAGUCACCUGCACGCCCACAAGCUGCUGCCGGACUCGCUCGGGCGAGUCAGGCAGGUGGUGAACUACCCGACCAUGGGCACGGCGACGAGCGAGGCGAGCUCAAGCACCGCCAGCGACCGCAGCGGCACCAGCGGCAACGACGACUCGGUGGUGCUGGUGAGCAAGGCGCUGUCGCCGGCAGAGCUUGCAGCGGCGGUGUUUGCAGCGCCCGAGACGCGCGCAACACUCGAGCUCGCAUGUGCGGAUCCGCUCUUCCCAGGCUUUACCACACUCCUGCACUUGCAGCACGCACUGAUGCGUGCUCUGCUGGCACACAUGUGGGGGCUGACGGACUUGGUCUCAUCGACACCUACAGGCGGAGCGAGCCGCGGGAACAGCAACGCCAAGACCGAGUACGCGUUUGUGGCGCUCGGCUCGUUUUCACGGAUGGAAGCGUGCCCGUUCUCGGACCUCGACGCGAUCCUGCUUGUGGACCCGAACGCACCGCCGUCUUUCCGCGAUGGGCUGGGCGCGCGUGCGAGGUUCUUUGAGCUCCUCGUCAUGUCACUCGGCGAGACGCAGUUCCAUGUUGUCAAGGACUGGCACCACCGCGACGUGUCGAUCAUCGAGUCCGGGUUUGACCUCGACGAGGCGCACCUCUCGCCGGUGCGGACCAUUGUGACGCCUGACGAGCUCAUCACGCUCCACGUCAACGCGGCGACCGAGCUGCUCAAGUACGAGUACGAUAACGUCGACCCGUUUACGCACGCAGCGCGCGAGCCGUCGCUUGUCUUUGGAUCGGCACGGGUGUUUGCCAGCUACCAGGCACAGCUGAAGCAGCUGUUCACGUCGGCGGCGGCCGACUUUUCGCCCGACGUCGAGGCUGCAGCUGACGGGGUCUCACUCGGUGCUCUUUACGCCCUUACUACUCUAGACAAGAACACCGGUCCGGGAUCGGCGUUUGCGCCGGUGCAUCUCACAACGCGAAGCCGGGACGAGCUCUCGAUCAAAACCCACGCCAUUCGGUUUGUGACCAUGACCGUCGGUGCGCUCGCGCUCUACCUUGACGGCAUGGGCAUCGAGGUACCGGAGACGGUGCUUCGGCUCCAACGACUGGCGCAGGCGCGUUUGAUUCCGCCACGACUCGCCAUCGAGCUCAUCCGACUCCACGAGUGGCUGUUCCGGACACGGUUUGCGCUCCACCUCAGUGCCAGGCGCGAGAACGACGUGGUGAGCCGAGCGGCGCACGGGCCGACGGUGGCGGUGCUGGAAAAAGCCGCCUCACGCAUUCUCAGCCCACUGUACGAGGCUGUACGCGCAUUUGUGGCCAGCCGCGAGCCGCGGAACACCAUUUCGUCGCUGGUUUACCUACGCGCCGCCGAGUUUUCGGCCCGGCUGGACGCGGUCUCGGACGUCAUUGUGUCGGACGUGUUUGGCGAGGCCGAGGACGGGUCGUUUGAUCGGCUCGAGCUGCUGCGAUCGGUCGACGAGCUGGCGUUCAUGGGAGUGCGACGUGGGGCGGCGAUCCGCCGGCUCCAUGCCGACGUAGGCGCGCUGCUCUUCCCAGGCAGCGACGGCGAGAGCCCUGACAGAGGAGCACCCAACGACGACAGCGAGGUGCCUGGGGUGGAGAGUUUUGGGCGAGCGCAUGUAGUGUACGCGCGCGGCGUGCAUUUCAAGCUCUACCCACUGCUGCCAGGCCAUGAGAUCUCGGUCUCGCUGCUUGCGCAGUCGCUUUUCUCCGAGUACACGCUCACGCCGCUGGUGGACGUGGCGGUUGUCCGGCACGGAGGACGAGAGCAUCUAUUGCUGAUGGGCGAGACCAUCUCGCGGUUCAACAUGCUCAUGGCGCUGCAGACGUCACCGUCGGGCCAGCUGGUGACGGGCAACUCGGGCCUCCUCGAGGUGCUCCGCGGCACGAUGGGCUUUGAGUUUGGCGUGCCGACGCUACCGGCGCCGUUUGCUCAGCUCGGGACAAGCAAGCGGCCACUGGAGCCGUCGACGAACCCGUCGAUGGCGCGCGACGAGCGGAUCUGCUUCCGGUCGGCCGACGGCGAGCUCGGCGUCAAUGUUGCGCUUGACAUGGAGCAGUACUCGGCAGCGGUCCUUCUCGCGCUGUGCGUUAAUCCGGAGGACGGCAAGCCGGACAAUCAUGUGGUGAUGCUGAGCGAGGAGCUGCCACGUCGGGCGACGCCGAUGGUCACCGAGGUUGCGGAUGGGAAGCGAGCGGUGGUGACAUACCGGGCUCAGGUGGUGUCUGUCGACAACGAGUACGGGUUUGUGGAGGCGACCAAGGCAUCAUGCCCGCAGGUCAAGUCAAUUUACUUUUGCAUGUCUGCGCUCUCACUUCCGGUCCCUGUCCACCUGCGCAAGGUGGUGACGCGGUGGGAUGCGCGACACGCGCUUGCGUCGUGGCUGCAGCACCUGCAGGCGGCCGAGUGCGAGUUCAAGCACCUGGGUGCUGCAAUCGGCGACGAUGAGCUCGGAGUGCGGUUUGUGGCCGGCAUUGUGCAUGUCCUCUUCCACAAGCUGGCUCGACUGCGGCGAGCGCUGCAGAUUGCGCGGGUGACUCACCGCGAGCUGCUGUUUCAAAUGGAGCGCGAGCUGGCGGAGCACUACCUGUCGGCGUUCAAGGACCCCAAGCUGGCGACGCCGAUCGAGCGGAUGCUCAAAAUUGCGUCGUCCAACUACCAGCAGCGAACGGUGCUGACGAGCCUGCUGGCGACGGCGCGGCUGGUUGGGCUCUCGGUCCCGAGUGCGACGCCGGACCUUUCCGAGUUUGUCACGCUCACCUCUGCCGAGACGAUCCGCAACUCUCAGGAUCGGUUUGUGGCGAGUGGCGGGGCGGGCCCGUCGCAGACGACGUACGACUUUGCGGCUCUCGCUGCAGCGCGGCAGGAUGUGCUGACUCAUGGCAGCUCGUCGUCUGUGGCGACGCUUGUCGAGGCCGGGACGGCUGGUGAGCGUGUGGGGCCGGACGAGCUGCUCAUCGAGCUUGAGCUCUUGCAAGAGGGCGAGAACGCACUGGAGGCACUCAUCGAGCACGGCGACCUGCGCCCAUUCCAGGCGCUACAUCUACCGCAGUUCAAGGAGGCGGCGCUGAAGCGACUGCACCUCGACAAGCUGGGGGCGGAGCUGCAACGGUCGGUGCUCAAGGCGAUCGACGGCACGCUCUUUGUCGAGCUGCACCUGCCGCGGUGCGGCGAGCUGAGCGACUCUGUGCUCAAGUCGAUUGUGAGCAAGUGUCCGGCGCUGGUCGAGCUCAACGUGGCACACUGCUCGCGGAUUGUGUCUGUGGGUAGCGUCGGCAUCUAUGCGCCGCUGCUGCAGGUGCUCGACGUUUCUCACACAAGCGUGACACUCAAGGCGCUGGACGGGAUCGAGGCAAGCGCGCCACACCUUACGUGGCUGAACAUAGAGGGCGUGGCGGCCAUUGCCGACUCGCCGCGGCGUAUUUUUCAGGCCUCACCAGGCUUGGUCUGGUCGCGGCUCCCACUGCGGCUGCAGUACGGGCUCGUCCUGCUUCACGAGUGCGCACCGAGUGCACAGGCGAGCGGGGCGGUCGCGUCGCUUGGCAGCAUUCCGCUGUUUGAGUUUUCAGCGGCGGCGCGAAAGCGGCGCAAGAAGCACGACAAAAAGGUGGUGGCGGCGCUGAAAGAGCGAUGGCGGUCGAUGGCGGCGUCGGGCUCGCGGUCGCGGUCGGGUUCGCUGCUCUCGUCGUCGUCGGCCGGCUCCUCUUUCAUGGCAUCGUUCAAGGCCUCGCUCUCGGCAUCGUCAUGCUCGUCGAUGUCGUCGCUCGAGCCAAGUGUCGAAGUGAGUGAGAGCCAGCAGGUCCAGUUUUCGGUGGACCUCGGGCAUCCGCCGAUGGCGACGGCGGGGCUGGGCCUGCUUGACCGCGAGACAGCGCUGGCGUCGUUUGUCAUGCUUGUCGAGUUGGACCUGGUCAACACCGGGCUGCGGGUCCUCCACGCCUCGGUCCUCUGCGAGCUGCUCUGCGACGAGCGGAUGCAACAGCUCCGCAAGCUCAACGUGUCGUGGAACGAGUUGGGAAACAUAGGGACGUCGUUGCUGGCGCAGGUCUGGUCUAGCGCCGGGAGCCAGCGGAGCUUUGUUGGCUUGCAGGUCCUUGACAUGCGGUUCAACGCCAUCGACGAUCACGGGUACGAAAACCUGGCGUCGAUCCGCGAGCACGAGCCGCCGUCGUCGCCGCGGUACAUCCUGUUUGACGAGCCGUACAGUCCGCGGCCGCGACUUCUCUCGCUCCAUGCGUAUGAGACAAGCGAGGCCGACUGGGAGCUGCUGGCGCGGGCGCGGAAGCAAAAGGUGUCGGCGAUGGUGGUGCUUCGAACCGACGUGGUGGUUGUGGGCACACCAUCGGGCGCAGUGUACGCAUGGGACGUGCACUCUGGGAGCGAGCCGACCCUGGUAGCCAAUCUCCACUCUGCCGUCCACGGGCUGCUCCAGCACCCGAUGGACCGAUCUCUUGUGGUGGCGACGGCGAGCGGGGCGUUCCAGCUCGACGUGUGGUCGGGCGUGGAGCUCAACCGAAUGGAGCUUCUUAGCGGAGUGGAGGCGCGCGUGGUGGCGUCGAUAGGGCUGUGUGCGACCGCGGUCGGGUGCAGCGACGGCGUGGUCCGGUUUUGGGACACUGGAUCGAACGAGGUGCUGAGCGAGCUGGAUACCAAGGGCGGGGCGGUGACGGCGCUUACGCUGCUCGGCGACGGCACGCUCGCCAUUGGAUUCGAGUCGGGCACCGUCGAGAUUGUGGAGCUCGCCGGCGGGCGCUGCGUGCUGAGCCUGACCAAGGGCCACCGUGCGGCGGUGACGAGCGUCACAGACAUGGGCGACGGGCACGUGGUGAGCACCGGCGCAGACGGGCGAAUGUUGGCGUGGGAUCUACGUCUUGUGGCACGGUCAACCACCCACCGGGUGGUGUUUGAGAUGCGGCGGUCGGCGCCGGCAAGCGCUAUUCGCGCAGCUAUCCGCCUUCCAGACGGUGCGCUCUUUGCGGUUGCCACGCAGCACUCGCAGCAGUCGCUCCACCUUGUCGACAUCGACGGCGGGCUCGUCGCUACGUUUGAGGGCGAGCUGACCCGGUCGGUGUCGGCCAUCGGCAUGCUCCCGACAGGCGAGCUAGUGACGGCUGCGCGCGCGUUUACCGGGCUGUGA